AUGAAAAUUGGUGAGAUUGGAUUAGAACCUGAUAGACCAGCACUUACAACUGUUGAGGAGAACAUGAUUUUCCAGUCAUGCUACAAAGAAACAACACAAAUCAAAUCAUCCAAAUUACAUGGGCAUGGAUAUUUGGCUAUGUAUCGAACUCGCAUAGAACUUAUGAAAGAGAACCUUGAAGUACAUGCACAUGCUCAAGCUGUAGCUAGGGAGAAGAGCAUUGCUUUAGAAGCGAAGGUUGACAAGCUCAAAGAACAGAUUGCGCAAGAAGCUGCAGAAAGGGAAAGGGACAAAGAAGAAAAUAGGAGGAGGAUGCAAGAGGAGCUGGAAAAUGCUAAGAUAAACUUAAGAGAAGAAAUGAAGCAAGAAUUUCUUAAUAUGCUAGCACAUCACAAAGAAGGAGCUAUGAUUAUGACUCAGCCUAGAAGCAUUGUCACCAUACAAAAAGCUGCACCAGCACCUACUCGCUCCACUAGAAGUACUGCACCUCCCAGCAGAGCUCUUUUCAACGAAAACACUGCAAAUGUGACUGCAUCGAAGACAUAUAUCACUUCACAGCAGCUGAUGAAUAGGACAAGAAAUAAUCCCAAAAGGAGGAAGGAAAUGAUACAAGAGAAGUUUGAUUAA